AUGUCCGGCGCCGAAGCGGGCCUUGUCCUUGGUCUGAUUUCGUCCGUUAUUACAAUUAUCCAUGCAACUCAACAAGUCUACGAGGCUAUCAAGGACACCAAAGGCCUCCCCGCGAGUUUUAAGAACUCGGCGUCGAAGCUACCCCUUAUCUCCAAGCUCCUCGAAAACGCUGAAAAGUAUGUCGAAACCGUAGAUGAGACCACCCAAUCUACUCUAAGGCCAACCCUUGAAAAUUGCAAACUUCGGGUAACACAUCUACACGACUUAUUUGCAAAAGUUAUGCUAGAGGAGCAUGACUCGAGAUUGGAUCGGUAUACGAAAGCUGCUCGUACGAUCGGAAAGAGUAGUCAGAUAGAGGAAUUGAUGAGCGGGGUUCUUGGCGACCUGCAGCUCAUGGCAGUGACUUUCCCCAAAAAUAUCAGGUUAGACGGAUUACAGGCCGCAACAGGGGCAGCAUUUGAUUCCUACGAGAACCACCAUACCGAGUGUCUUUCAGGAACCCGAAUUGAACUUCUUGGCGAGAUUGAAGAGUGGGCGAAAUCAGUACAGGCAAAAUGUAUAUUCUGGCUAAAUGGCAUGGCAGGAACUGGAAAGUCGACAAUUUCUCGAACAGCUGCACGCCUUCUAAAAGAGAAAAAAUUACUUGGAGCGAGCUUCUUCUUCAAAAGGGGCGAAGAGGACCGAGAAAACGCAAAGAGACUCUUCCCAACACUUAUUGAACAACUAGUGAAAAGCCUACCCCAGCUGAUCCCUAGCAUCCAAAAAGCAAUCGAGAACGACCCCAAUAUUUCAGAAAAGGCAGUAAGGGAGCAGUUUGAGAAACUUCUUCUGCAGCCACUACUUGGAAUACAACAGGCCCCGACUACAACCUUGAUUAUUGUAAUCGACGCGUUGGAUGAAUGCAAGCAGGAAGAUGUACAAGCUAUCCUCCGACUCUUGCCGCGAGUCCAAAAGUCAAAGCUAGGUUUCAAGGACAUCGACGGUGACCAUCAGGAUUUAAUCAUUCAUGAGAUCCCUAUGCCAGUGAUUAAGCACGACAUAGAAUUAUAUUUUAAGGAUAAGUUCUCAAAACUAAGACAGGAGCGCUCAUUUCCACCGGACUGGCCUGGAGAUGAGUGUAUCAAGUCCCUAGUUGAGAGAGCAGUGCCGUUAUUUAUUUCUGCCGCCACCCUGUAUCGAUUUAUCAGUGAUGUCAGAUGGAACCCCAAAAAUCGUCUUAGAGCAGUGCUUACGGAUCAGACCACAUAUGUGUCGAAGAUGGACAGCACAUAUAUGCCGGUGUUAAAUCAGCUUCUUACCGGUCAAGAUGAAUGGGAGUCGCCGCAGUUGGUUCAAAUGUUCAAAGAAAUAGUCGGUGUUAUUAUCCUUCUUGCUACUCCACUAUCAGCCAAAGCCCUCGCGCAACUUCUGAAUAUGGAAGUGGACGAUAUUAACAGUCUAUUGGACCUGCUCCACCCUGUUCUUAAGACUUCCUUCUAG